UCUCCCUCCGGUGGGCUGCGCAGGCAACAGCUGCAGUAUGGGGAGACUGAGACGCCGAAAAGCGAAGUAACUUCUACAAGGUCCCACAGCCAGUCGGGAGCGGAGCUGGCGUCCAGAUCAGGUGAGCCGCACGCUGGCGCGAUGGCUGGGCUGGCGACCUGGAGCCUGACUGCGGCUGCCCUGAUCACCCUGCUCCCUGCAAGCCUCGAGGAAUGCGGGCACAUCAGCCUCUCAGACCCAGUUGUGCGCCUGGGCAACCCCAUCACAGCCUCCUGCAUCAUUAGCUGGAACUGCAGCCACCUGAAGCCAGAGCCAGAGAUUCUGUGGAAGCUGGAAUCAGAGCAUCAACCUGGUGGGACACAACGACGCCUACCAGAUGGGACCCUGCAGUCCAACAUUACCCUGCCCCACCUCAACCACACGCGGGCGCGUCUCUCCUGCUACCUGCAGUGGGGCAGCAGCUACCUACAAAUCCUGGACCAAGCUGAGCUGCAGGCAGGCUAUCCUCCCCCAACACCAUACAACCUGUCCUGCCACAUGAACCUCACAGCCAGCAGUCUCAUCUGCCAGUGGGAGCCAGGACCAGACCCCCACCUGCCCACCAACUUCACCUUAAAGAGCUUCAAGAGCCGGGGCAAAUGCCAGACCCAAGAGAAGCCCAUUCCGGACUGUGUGGCCGAGGCCAGGCAGAAUCACUGCUCCAUCCCACGCAAGCACCUGACCCUGUACCAGACAAUAGGCGUCUGGUUGCAGGCAGAGAACACGCUGGGAACCAGCCUGUCCCCACAGCUGUGCUUUGAUCCCAUGGACCUCGUGAAACUGCAGCCCCCCAUACUGAGGGCACUGGAGCCCAGCCCUGGGGGCGCCCCGGCCCUGCCAGGCUGCCUGUGGCUGUCCUGGGAGACACAUAACUCAAGCUGGUUCAUGAGAAAGAAAUGUGAGCUGCGCUACCAACCUCGGCUUGCAGAAGCCAACUGGGCCCUGGUGACCCCCUUGCCCUCCAAGAGCCUCCACCACGAGCUCUGUGGGCUCUUGCCGGCCACAGCCUAUAUCCUGCAGAUGCGCUGUGUCCGCUGGCCCCUCCCCGGACACUGGAGUGACUGGAGCCCCAGCCUGGAGCGGAACGCCACGGAGCGGGCCCCCAAUGUCAGGCUGGACACAAGGUGGCGGCAGAGGCAGCUAGACCCCAGGACUGUGGAGGUGCAGCUGUUCUGGAAGCCAAGGCUCCUGGAGGAAGACAGCGGGCAGAUCCAAGGGUACCUGGUCUCCGGGAGACCCUCAGCCCAGGCUGGGGCAGCCCCACUCCUCUGCAACACCGCGGCGUUGAACUGCACCUUCCGCCUGCCUCCGGAAGCCCGGGAGGUGGCUCUUGUGGCCUACAACACAGGAGGGACUUCUCAGCCCACGCCGGUGGUCUUCAUGGAGAGCAGAGGCCCACCACUAGCCAGACUCCAUGCUGUGGCCCGAGAUCCUCACAGCAUCUGGGUGGGCUGGGAGCCCUCCAGACCCCGGCCCCAGGGCUAUGUGAUUGAGUGGGGCCUAGGUCCUCCCAGCCCCAACCCCAGCAACAGAAACUGGAGGGUGGAACAUAAUGGGAGCAUCCCAGGGACCUUGCUACAAGAGGACAUCAAGCCCUUUGAGCUCUACGAGAUCACUGUGAAGGCUCUGUACCAGGAUGCCACGGGACCCUCCCAGAACAUCUAUGCCUACUCCCAGGAGAAGGACCCGCCCAGGGUGCCGGAGCUGCAUCUGAAGCACAUUGCCAAGACCUGGGCCCAGCUGGAGUGGGUGCCCGAGGCCCCUGAGCUGGGGAAGAGCCCACUCACCCACUACACCAUCUUCUGGACCAAUGCUCAGAACCGGUCCUUCUCCGCGGUCCUCAACACCUCCGUCUCGGACGUCAUCCUCCAUGACCUGGAGCCUGCCAGCUUGUACCACGUCCACCUCAUGGCCACCAGCCGGGCCGGGGCUGCCAACAGUACAGGCCUGACGCUGGAGACCUUCCAACUGCCCAGCCUUUGGGAGCCCGGCAUGCAUCCCAUCGCCAAAAUCACGGUGCUGGAGGAGGACGAGAAGAAGCCAGGACCCUGGGAGACCAGUGACAGCUCAGGGACUUGCUCCCUGCCCACCCUGGUGCAGGCCUAUGUGCUUCAGGGGGACCCAAGAGAAGUCUGCCCCCAGACCCAGACCCAGUCUAGCACCAACGACCCAGUCCUUUACGGGCAGGUGCUGGGCAGCCCCACGAGCCCGGGGCCAGAGGAUUACAUCCGCUGCAACUCCACCCAGCCCCUCUUAGGGGGCCUCACCCCUAGCCCCAAGUCCUAUGAGAACCUCUGGUUCCAGAACAGCCCUCUGGGGGUCCAAGUGCCCCCAUCCCCAAGCCAGGAUGACGACUGUGUCUUUGGACCAUUGUUCGACUUCCCCCUGCUACAGGGACUCCGAGUCCAUGGGGUGGAGGGGAUGUGAGGCUUCUAGGGUUUCCUGGAACUGUUCCAUCGGGACCUGCCCCCUAGGGGGCCUGGGCUGCUCCGAGGAGACAGUCAAGUCAGCCAGCUGAACCCUACUUCAGCCCCCCAAAAACCCAGAGGUUCCUGCUGGCCCUGCCUAUCCUCCCAGGUCCCCAUGGCCCACCCUACAACCAGCAACGUCCUGUCUCUGUGGGCCGCACCUCCCAGGGCGCCUGCACACUUUGUCUCAGCCAGUCCGGCCCACUGGCCUUGUGUACUCGUUUCGGCCAUUGUGUUCUUUUAAAGGAGUGUUCUUUUUUGAGAAA